AUGGCUUUGUCUUCAGAAGAAGCUGCCCACCUCCACAGGCAGGCAAAACGACGAGCCGAACGAGCCGCAGCCGAGAUGAAUUUCCGCGAAGUGACAUCGGAGGAGUAUCUCAAGAAAUUACGGGCCAAACGACGCCCCGGGAGACGAUUCGAGAUAGAUGAUACGCCUGCCGCGGUCGAAAUCGGCGAGGAGCCGCUACAUCCGCAACGAGAAUUCAAACUUUCGACAGGCUCCGAACGGCAACGGACACAUACCCGCACGAAGUCGACACCGACAGCGAACACAAAUGGAUUAUCAUCUGGUAGCCGUAGAACUACGCUUGGGGGUCCAAUAGCCAGGAACACUCUCGGAAAAGCUUCGGUUCCCUCUCAGAGGCUGGCUGCUCAGCAGACGAAAAGCCAGCCCAACCUUUUCCUGCAAGCUGCGCAACAGCGGACGAACCCCGCCAUCACUCAUGCCAACUUGGGCACGAUCACGACAGUCUCGUCAUUAUCAGCUCAGCCGCAAAGAUCCAAAUCAAGCUUGAGCAUGUUCUACCCUAAAAAGCAUGUUCGUCGCGCAGCGUCAGUGUCUGUCCUGUCGUCAAAACCCCUGGAGUUGGAUCCGAUAGCCACAGCGCACCACUCCGGCCACGCUCGAAGUCAGUCGCUUGGCAAUGCCCUCUCUGUCGUUGAUACAGUGCCGCAGCCUGUCGCGCUGAAGAAGCGAGGCUCGUUGCGCAUGCUGAAAGACAAGAUUAGGAGAGUAGCCAGCUCCUUUGAACUUCGAUCGACCAGAAGCGACGGUUCGGGGAGUAGUGAUGAUGAUGGCUUGAAGAGCCGGUCCAGUAAGAGUCUUCUACUGCGGACGAAGACCAGAUUUGGCUCGCAGCAUCGACUUGGGACUGUAAGCGAAGAAUGA